AUGACGACCAAAAUGCUGCAGAAAGUUUGCUCCUACCGAAUGGGCUUAGUAGCAGGCCUUCUGUCACGAAUACGUGGAAGGGAAGUAGCACUCAUGAUUUGCGACUAUAUGAAGACACCCAGUGUGUCAAAGAACGAGGUCAUUGUAGACCUCAUAGACCAGAGAGCUGGAGACAUGAGAAAGCAAGGUGCACGAGUUCGCCUGGUGGACGAGCAAAUGGUCAGCGCUCGCUGGAAGUCCAAGUUGACGCAGCUGCUGAAUUCUUUGCCCAGCCAUCAGAAGCACGAGUACCAUCAGCUUAUCGAUGAGAUGGAUAGCGAUCCAGGCAUGUCGGUGCCUACGCGAGUCGCCAUCGGAGUGCGAACAUGGGCUGCCAAUCACCACAUGGUCUCAAUGGCGAGGCAUGGAAUCCGGGCGAGUGCGGAUGGGCAUUGUCACAUACGGUCCUUGGGCUUUCAAGAGAUCAACGUGUGCAAGGACCGAGUUGGACCGAGUCGGCCAGCUGCCACGAGACUCUCAUGA